AUCAAUGUGCAGCUUCUUAGACAUAUUUUUAGCAUUUAGUUAGCAAAAACACUAAAAGCUAUUUACUUUUUUUCAUAGGAGCAGUCUCUUGCUUGUCAUGCACGCUUUCUUUAGCUGCACGUAGGGGCCAAGCAGUGCUCUCUGCUGCAUGGUGAGAGGGAGGUGGGGGAAAUCGCUGUCCCUCUCCCCCUGCUCUCCCUCCCCUUCCUUACCCCUCCUGACGUCUGGGAAUUGAAAUCUCUCAUCACGCCGAGGAGCAGACGAGGCGCCAGGGCAGCUUCUCCCACGAUGUAAGAACGUAGCUGGAUUCGCCGCACCUCCCGGCUGACUCCAGGGGAAGCCGCGCCGCUCCACAGAGGUCCCGGUCACCAUGCUGAUUCGCACUUGUUUCUUUUUUGCCUGCCUGCCUGUGGCAAGCCAUGUCUGGGGACGAGUGGGCCAAGGGUCAGGCCGGCUGAAGCUCACUGUCCUUUCAGAAGAGAGGCUCCAAAUGAAAUGGAAAGAGACCGAAGGGAACAUCAACGGUUACAAAAUUCGGGUGAAGCCCAUGGCAGGGGACUCAGAGCAAGAAGUCAUGCUGAAAACCAAGACUCCCAAAGCCACAGUGGGGGGGCUGAGCCCUACCAAGGAGUACACGCUGCAGGUCUAUGUGCUCAACGGCUCCCAGGAAGCCCUGUUUGCCAAGAGGAAAUUUGUGAUAGAGGAGCUAAAAAAUGCAUCCCAGACUAGAAAUAACCGAAGAAACUCAGGAGCUGCAUCAGGAAAGAAUCUCACCUCUUCGGGGAGCUCAGCAGCCGAGGCCACCCCACCACCCCUGAACACUGUCUUGACACAGUCAGCAAAGGACAGAGCUGAAAAGAAAAGGCAGAAGGUGACUCAGCCAAAGGGCUCAGGAGAAACCACAAGAAAUCAUCCCAGUGUGGAGGCCAGUGUGACAGAAGCAACACCAACAACCACAAGAUCAGCCCAGCGCACUCCUGCAAACUCGGAGCGAGAGUCUUUAGGAAAAGAAAAACCCACAAAGGAUUCAUUGAGGCGAGGCUCCCAGUUUCAGUGCGACACAUCUGCAAUGACUGAUAUCAUCCUGCUUGUGGAUGGAUCCUGGAGCAUCGGACGCAACAAUUUCAAGCUGAUUAAGGAGUUUCUGAGCAAUUUGAUUUCCCCAUUCAGUAUUGCCCAAGACAAGAUAAGAGUAGGGCUGUCCCAGUACAGCAGCGAUCCCCGCACAGAGUGGGAUCUGAGCGCUUACUCUACGAGGGACCAAGUGCUGGAGGCCGUGAGGAAUUUGCGGUACAAGGGCGGCAACACCUUUACAGGUCUGGCACUGACCCAUGUCCUGGAGCAGAAUCUGAAACCAGAUGCUGGUGCCCGGCUGGAGGCUGAGAAGUUGGUAAUACUCCUGACUGAUGGAAAAUCCCAGGAUGAUGCCAACCUAGCUGCUCAGACCUUGAAAAACCUGGGCAUAGAGAUAUUUGCCAUUGGGGUGAAGAACGCGGAUGAGGCAGAGCUGAAGCAGGUGGCCUCAGAGCCCUUGGAGCUCACAGUCUACAAUGUGCUGGAUUUCCCACUGCUGAGCUCUCUGGUUGGCAGGCUCACCCAGGUCCUGUGCACCAGGAUCAAAGAGAAGAGCAACAAGGAAAAGUCAGGCAGCACUGUUAAAGAUAUCCCUGUGAACACGGGUCCCCAGCUGAGCCCAACUGACCUUAAAAUAUCGGCUGUGACCUCUAAGAGCAUGCACUUGACCUGGAGUCCUCCUCUGAGACCACCAAAGAAAUAUCGGAUUGUGUAUUCUCCAUCUAAGGGUGGUAUCCCCAAAGAGGUGGUUUUAGAUGGAGCAGUCACCUCUUUGCGGCUUUCCAAUUUGACCUCGCACACGGAGUAUCUGGUGUCAGUGUUUCCUAUUUAUGACACAGCUGUUGGGGACGGGCUGAGAGGCAUCACCUCCACAUUGCCUUUGUCUUCCCCUCGCUCCCUGCGUGUCUCUGAGCUGAGCCACAACAGCAUCAGGCUGAGCUGGAAGGCAGCCCAGGGAGCCACGCAGUACCUGGUGCUCUGUUCCGCAGCCCCCGAUGGAGCAGAGGACUAUACUACAGAGGUGAAGGUGGCCCAGCCUGAGGUCCUGCUGGAUGGGCUCUCGCCCAGCACGGAGUACUCUGUUGCGGUGUAUGCGAUGUAUGGGGAAGAUGCGAGUGAUCCAGCCAGCAUCCAGGAAACCACAUUGGCCUUGAGUCCUCCCAGAUACCUGAGCUUCUCCGAGCUCAGCCACGCAUCCGUCCGAGUCAGUUGGGAGGCUGCGUCUCCGGCCGUGAAAGCUCACCGCGUCACCUACGUUUCUAGCAGAGGGAGCAACACCGGGGAGGUAGAGGUUCCUGGCACUGCAACAUCCACUGUCCUGAGACCUUUGUCUUCCCUCACCCAAUACUUCAUCAGUGUCCGAUCUACAUAUGAUGAAGGGGACUCCUUUCCAAUUACUGGCAAUGUUACCACCUUGAAGGUCCCCUCUCCACGUGCACUGAAGGUUACCGAGCUCUCCGGGAACAGCCUCCGCCUGCAGUGGGAAGCUGUCGCUGCCUCUGAUGUGGUUGUCUAUCAGAUCAAAUGGAGCACAGUCGGUGGAGAGAAGCCUCAGGAGCUCUCCAUCACUGGAAAUGUGGCAACUGCUGUCCUGACAGGCUUGCAGAAGAACACCGACUAUAAAAUAUCCAUCUGGGCCUAUUACAAAGAUGGUGCUCGAAGUGACACGGUUUCUGUUCAGCACAGGACCAAUUCCCGGAGCCCACCCACCAACCUCUUCAUUGACUCCGAGACCCCCACCAGCCUCCAGGUCCACUGGACCCCCCCCGACGGCCGCGUACAGCACUACAAAAUCACCUACAACCCUGUUUCUGAUCCCAGCGCCCAGCAAACAAUCAUGGCUUCUGGCAAAAGCAGCAGCGUGACCCUGCAGUCGUUGCUGCCUGAUCGAGCCUACAAGGUGAUCCUUUCUGCCAUCCACUACACGGGAGAGAGCGAGAGCACGACCACAACGGGACGGACGGCUCCUGUGUUGUCUAAAUUCCCUUCAAUACGAGGAUUUGUUCCAUCUAAAACAGAGGCCUGCCCCACCAUCAGCUCUACCAAAGGCUCCGUACGAGGAUUUGAUAUGAUGGAAGCUUUUGGCUUAGUAGAGAAGGAAUACGCCUCCAUUAAAGGUGUAGCUAUGGAACCAUUUGUAUUCAGCGGGUCCCGUACCUUCACCCUGUUCAGAGACACUCAGCUCACCCAGAGGACCAGCGAUGUCCACCUCUUUGCAAUCCCACCCGAGCACACCAUCAGCAUCCUCCUGCGCCUCCUGCCCGAGACCCCCAAGGAGCCCUUCGCCGUGUGGCAAGUAACGGACGAGGACUUCCAGCCCCUCCUCGGCAUUAACCUUGACCCCAGUAAGAAAUCCUUGACCUAUUUCAAUCAUGACUACAAGGCUGAUUUACAGGAAGUCUCCUUUGACCAGCAGGAAGUGAAGAAGAUAUUCUAUGGGAGCUUUCAUAAGGUGCAUGUGGCUGUGAGCCACUUCAAGAUCAAACUCUAUCUGGACUGUAAGAAAAUAGCAGAGAAACCUAUCAACACCAUCGGCAGCAUCUCCACCGCUGGCUUCAUCAUGCUGGGAAAAGUGACCAGGACCAGAGGACCCAGGAGCGGGUCUGCAUCGUUCCAGCUGCAGUCUUUGCAGAUCAUGUGCAGCAGCGUAGGGGCAGAGGAAGACAGAUGCUGUGAUCUCCCUGCACUGAGGGAUGAGGAGACCUGCCCUACCUUAGCUCCUGCCUGCUCUUGUACUUCUGGCCGCCCGGGCUUGCCAGGACCUCCAGGGCCCCCUGGCAGCCCUGGGAGGAGAGGACCCCAAGGGGAGCAGGGGGAGCCAGGACCCAAGGGUGAACCAGGCCCACCUGGACAAGUAGGGCCAGAGGGUCCUAGUGGCCAACAAGGCUCUCCAGGUUCCCAGGGAAUCACGGUUCAGGGUCCUGUGGGACCACCAGGAAUUAAAGGAGAGAAAGGAGACACUGGAAGUCCUGGCAUGCAGGGCAUUCCUGGUGUGCAGGGAGCUCCGGGCAGGGACGGUCUUCAAGGUGCAAAGGGGGUGAGGGGACUAGAAGGCACAGCCGGGCCUCCAGGACCUCCUGGACCAAGGGGUUUCCAAGGAGUGACAGGCUCCCGAGGCAGCAGUGGGGAGAAGGGACCUCCAGGUGAUGUUGGGCCGACAGGGCUGCCAGGUCCAAAAGGAGAAAAAGGAGAGAAGGGGGAACCACAGUCCUUGGCCACAAUUUACCAGCUCGUUAGCCAGGCUUGUGAGCGGAUGAUUCAAACUCAUGUGUUGAAAUUUGACUCAUUCAUUCAUGAACAUGCAAGGAAGCCAGUUCCUGUUUGGGAAGAAAGGUUAAAGCCAGGAGAACCAGGACCACCAGGUCCUCCAGGUCCCCCUGGGAGCAUUGGAGAGAGAGGAAAAAAUGGCAUCCCUGGUCAGCCAGGCAAAGAUGGGUAUCCUGGAGAAAGAGGUGCCCCAGGGCCCAAAGGAGAAAAAGGGAUGUCUGGAGCCAGUGAGGAAGGGAUCCAAGGACCCAGAGGCAGAACAGGCCCGCCAGGAGAAGUUGUGCUGGGGAAACCAGGUCCAAAGGGUAAUCCUGGGAAUGCUGGUCCUCAAGGUUUUCCUGGUGUCAGAGGGCAGCCUGGGCAGUCUGGAUAUCCAGGGGGUUGUGAUAUCUCUGGAUGUUAUGGGGCAGGUAGAAGAGAUUUCAUUCCCUGAUGGCUGGUGCGGAAGUAGCUGAAGACAUUGAUUUGCCCUGGAAAUCUCUGGGUGCAAGUUCCACGUGCUCCAAGAGAAGCAGCCACCUGAACACCAGAUGUGUUGUUUGUGGGUUUUUUUUUUAAUAUCCCAUAAUUUCUAUAUGGACAAGUCCAUCAAACACUAAAGCCACCAGACCAGCCUGCGUUCAGAUGAGUCAUCCGUCUGUUUUUCAGCACUGGACAACUGCAGUGUUCAAACUCGCAUUGCACGUCCCACAGCAAGACAAAGACGGAGUCAGAGGUGCAGGCUGACAGACUUGUAAGAAAAAGAAAUAAUGUAUUGAAAUGCUCAGAAAUAACAGAU